AUGUUCCGCCUGAACAGCAAUGGCGAAUACGAGUAUCGCUGGCAGGAUGUUGAGACGCCGGCCCCGGCGCCGCAAGACGACUUCACUCCCCGAGCAGUAGACGAACUCACGGAAAACAUGGACAACCUCGACCUGCCACCUACCACCGAGAGUAGUUAUGGAUACGAGGGUCAGGAUACUGAGCAUAAUGAUCCAUCAUACAUGUAUGAACCUUCGGCAACAUCCCAUGGCAGCUCAGGUCGAUCUAGGAAAGGAAAGGAGACUGCCUACGCCCCAGAUCCUCACGAUGAGGGAGAUCCUCCACCCGAAGAUCCCCCGGCGCCGCCCUUAGAUCCAUUUUGGGGUGCCGAAGGUGGCACCACUGGACUACAGGACGAAGAAUUAACUCCUCCCCAAGCUGGUGCAGAAAGCCUGUAUCACGAGUCCGAGGGAUAUGGGGCAGCUCAUGAUCCGAUUACGGCUACGUACAGUCAAGACUCUGGGUACGCAACGGCCGAUUUAGAUGACUUCGAUGAUCCGAUUGUGCAAGAGGCUAUGUCGAACCGCAACGAAAUGUAUGGGACUUCCGGUCAUGGUGGACCAUCAACGGAGCCUGCGUAUGGUACAGCUUAUCCAGCAUACGAGGAGGACGAUGGUGCGGCAACGCCGAAGGGCAGGCAAAGCCCUACGCCAUCAUUCGACAUAAGCGGCACUCAUGGGUCUGCUGAAGAUCUUGAUCCUCGUUACGUCGUUGAACCGUCACACAAAUUCCGACCCGGAUCGGUCUUCAAAGUCCUAUGGUCGGAGCCAUCCGGCUCUCACGCCGCAGGAAACUCAACGAUAUCCGAGAAGCAGCAAAUCCAAGACCAAUUCGGAGGGUCGGUGUUCAUCGGUUUCAGGCGCUUCAUUGUUAUUGCAAAUGACGAAGGGCACUGCACAUGCGUGCCAAUUCUCACGUACCAAGGCAAAGCUUGCAAGAAGAGGGGCGUGAAAGCCCACAAGCACGGCAUGAUCUAUAGCCACAAGCUUCAUCGACCGUUUCGUGACGAGCCAAAGCUCGGUUUCCCACCAGUUCGGGCUAAGAUCACGAUCGAGGGAGAGAAGCUCGCUAAAGAAUCGCGCGUCAACUACUCCAAGCUUGUCACGGUUGAACACAACGUCAAGGUCUUCUUCAUCGGCUACAUUAGCUCCGACGACUUUGAAGACGUUGAGUACGCUGUUGAUGACUGCUGGGAGAAGAAGACCCGAGCGAAGAAGAAGUCAAGAAAAUAA